CUACUUUUUAAAAAGCUCCGAAAGAAACUUUCAUUAGAAAUUUAUGGCAAAAUCUCAUGUUCUAGUCAUACCAUAUCCUGCACAAGGCCAUGUGAUUCCUAUUAUGGAGCUUGCUCAGCUCUUAGUCGAGCAAGGCGUGAAAGUUACGUUUGUAAACACAGAAUUCAAUCACAAGCUCGUGACAAGCAAUUGGUUAGAAAGUGAUGGCUUCGGGGAUCUAAUGCAGAUGGUCUCGAUCCCGGAUGGAUUAGAACCGUGGGAAGACAGGAGUGACAUUGGUAAGCUGACAUUAUCGCUAUUACAAACCAUGCCCCAGAAGCUGGAAGAACUUAUCAAGACGAUUAACAAAGAAGACAGCGAUAAAGUCUCAUGUGUUAUUGCUGAUGACUGCAUGGGAUGGGCCAUAAAAGUUGCAAAAAAGAUGGGAAUUAGAAGAGCAGGCUUCUGGCCUGCCUCGGUUGCUACAUUAGCCUCAGUACUAAGCAUCUAUAAACUGAUUGAUGAUGGAAUCAUAAACAGUAAUGGUGUACCUAUAAGUAAUCAGAUGAUUCAGCUGUCAGAAACCAUGCCACCAAUUAAAUCCGAGAAUCUUGCAUGGGCAGUCUUCAAGGACGUUGCUACAGUUGAAGCGACCUUCCUAAUGGUUAAAGAUGGCGAAGAAGCUUCUAAAAUGACAGAUUGGUUUAUUUGCAACUCAACUAGUGAGUUAGAGGCUGCAGCAUUUAGCUUGUACCCACAGCUGUUGCCUAUAGGCCCGUUGCUAGCAAGCAAUCGGCUUGCUAACCAAGCGGGCCACUUUUGGCAAGAAGACCUCACCUGCUUAACAUGGCUUGAUCAACAACCAGCAUGUUCAGUAAUUUAUAUUGCCUUUGGAAGCUUUACUAUCCUGGACCAAACGCAGUUUGAAGAAUUGGCACUUGGGCUAGAGCUUUGCAACAGACCGUUUUUGUGGGUGGUGCGGCCCGGUAUGACAAAGGAGACCACUCCUGCUUACCCAGAUGGUUAUAUGGACCGAGUGGGAUCUCGCGGAAGAAUUGUGAAUUGGGCACCUCAACAGAAGGUCUUGGCUCAUCCUUCUGUAGCUUGUUUCAUGAGUCAUUGUGGUUGGAACUCUACUAUAGAAGGUGUGACAAAUGGACUCCCAUUUUUGUGCUGGCCAUACUUUGCUGAUCAAUUUCACAAUGGGUCUUAUAUUUGUGACAUUUGGAAGACUGGGUUGGGGUUUAAUACAGAUAAUGCUGGUAUCAUCAAUAGAGGUGAAAUACAAAGUAAGGUGACACAGUUGCUUAGUGAUGAGUGUUUUCGGGCUAAAGCUUUGGAUAUCAAAGAAAAGGUUACCAAAAGUGUGAGAAAAGGCGGAUGCUCACAUAAAAAUCUAACCAAUUUUAUUGAGUGGAUUCAAGAAGAAAAGACAGAUGCCAAGGAUCGAUCAGCUUGACUGUGUUAUUAAAAGUUAACUUUGUUGCAAAUCCUUUUCUUUGUUUUCGGACAUUGGGCUGCACUUUAUGUAUUAAAAACAUUUUCACCUUAUCACCUACCCACUACACACGAUAUCUAAAUGAAACAUUUCUUCUUCU